GGUCGGCGGAGGUGGGGCCCGGCGCACGCUGGGGGCGGAACCUGGACCGCGACCCCGACCCCGACCCGGGCCGCGACCCCCCCCCGGGCCCCCCGGAAUGGCCCGGCACGUGUUCCUCACGGGGCCCCCAGGAGUUGGGAAAACAACAUUGAUCCAGAAAGCCAGUGAGGUUUUAAAAUCCUCUGGUGUGCCUAUUGAUGGAUUUUACACAGAAGAAGUCAGACGAGGGAGAAGAAUAGGAUUCGACGUUGUCACCUUAUCCGGCACGCGGGGAGUUUUGUCUAGAAUUGGCUCAGAGCCUCCACCUGGAAAACGCGAGUGCCGUGGGCAGUAUGUGGUGGAUCUGACUUCCUUCGAGCAGUUGGCACUUCCGGUCUUGAGAGGAACGUAAGCAGGUCCCGGCAGCGGCCCGGGGCAGAGAGUGUGUGUCAUCGAUGAGAUUGGGAAAAUGGAGCUCUUCAGUCAGCCUUUCAUCCAGGCUGUCCGCCAGACGCUGUCCACGCCGGGGACCGUAGUCCUGGGCACAAUCCCGGUGCCUAAAGGGAAGCCGCUGGCCCUCGUGGAAGAGAUAAGAAACAGGAACGACGUUCAGGUGUUCAGUGUCACCAAGGAGAACAGGAACCGCCUUCUGCCAGAUAUCGUGACGUGUGUGCAGAGCGGCAGGCAGUGAAGACGGCUCGUGUCCCUGCUUCGUGCACUUGAAGAGGUGUGCUGGUUCACGCGGAGCCUCCUCGGGGCCCUGCCUGGCAAGGACUUAGGCCUUCCGGCUUCGGAAGCCUUGUGGGUUUUUCCGGAGAAAGCCUGACAGCUGUUCUCCAAAAAAUGUUUAAAAGAUCAGUUAGCCUUAAUGCCCGACCUGCGCUCCACGAUGAGCAGUCCGCCGUGGCUUAUUUAUGCCGAGGGGGUCUGUUUAUUUCCCCUUGCAGUUAUGCGUAUGAUUCUGGUAAAUUAUGGAAUGAGAAAUGGCUUUCGGGGUAUUAGAUGGAACUCGCCCCCACUGAAGUUCAUAAGCGUGUUCCAGGGAAGGGGGAGAGGAGCGGCCGCUACCUAAUCGAUUUUGCACGUCCCGAACUCAGACCCCGCUCCAGUUGGAGCUGUGGUGUCAAGGGACACUAGUUACUUGGUUUGUAAAAAUAGUUCAGGGAAAGGCCAGUUUCGGUCCUCCCCGCCCAUCUCAUCAUCUGUUUGCUUAUUGCUUAAUAAAAUAAAAAUAAAUGUGUUGGUGCAAACGCG